AUUUAUGCAGCCAGUACAAUGACCUUGAAAGGUGUACAAGAUGGAAAUGCUGUUUCUUAUACUUUGACCUUCACCUUGUGUGAAGCAGACGGCAUAAAUGCAUCAGCCCCAGUUCAUCGCCUAGCAACCAAGGUACAAAUCAAGCUUAUACAAGACCAGGAAGUUGUGUCUGCUGCUCAAGAUGAUUAUCACGAUAAGGAAUGCAAGUCUCUAGAAGAAUACAGGAAAAAGAUAAUUAGUUUGAGUUGCCAGGGUAACAUUAUAUCCAAAUAUACAUCAUUUGUUGCCAUUGAUACGGAGGGUAAGAAAGUUGAAGGUACCGCAGUAAAAAAAUCUUGCCCAGUACCUUCGUUAUCAAGUGAAUUUCUCAGAGGGAUCCAAGAGAGUUUAAUGAUAGGAUGUUCUUUUCAAAGUUGUGGGCUAUAUGAUGUUGCUGAUGCGUCUGACUGUCUCGCAUCAGCUUCACCCUAUAUGGUAAGCUUUAGAAGACAAAUUUCAAAAUGCUAGUUUUAAGCUGGAAUGUCUCUUGGGAAAUUUCAAAUGAUAGUGAUGAUAUGAGUCAAGGUCAGUCAAUUUGUCUCCAUUUUCAGUUGUUUUUUAAAGAUUUGCAUGCAACAUCAAUCAAGGUUUUUACAUGAAACUAUAACAUCACUUCAGAAUCAUAAUUUGAGAUCACUAUCCAAGACUUAUAAUUCUAGCAUUGAUUUUGACUAAUUAUAGCCCUUUUCCUAUAACCUGUGGUGUUUGCUGAGGUUCAAUGUUAGGUCCCCCUCUUUUCCUUAUAUAUGUUAAUUAUAAGUCUUAUUGUCAAAAACAAGUUGCUCCUUAAGCUCACAGACGUUGACACAUUUGUUUUGCCAAUAAUAGUCAAAUUAUCAUAAAAUAAUCUCCCAUUGAUCAUCAAGAACAAAAUUACUUUAUAUAUACUUGA